AUGGCAAAUAAAGAUCAAGGUCGAUGUUUUGUAUGUAAUGAUGUUGCAAUUGGUAUUAAUUUUGGCGUGCCAACCUGUAUGCCAUGUAAAGCAUUUUUUCGACGAAAUGCAUCUCAACUUGGUUCUCGUGAAUUUGUAUGUCAAAAUGAUGGUGAUUGUAUAAUAACAUAUACAUGUCGUCGUUCAUGUAAUUGUUGUCGUUUGGCAAAAUGUUUUCGCGUUGGAAUGAAAAAAUCCUUUAUACUUACUGAUGAAGAACGUGAAGCUCGAAAUAAACUUGUCGCAACAAACCGUCUCAAACGUGGAAAAGUACCAAAACAACGACCUAUACAAUGGGUAUGUAGUAUUUAUACAUAUGCAUAA